GUACAACGGCCGACGGACGGACCCUCCUGAGGUGUUCCCUGAUGCGAUGGAGGCGGCGUGCAGGAUCGUGGAGGCCGUCGUAAACGAGCAGAUGCGCAAACGACCGCGGCUCCCGUUCGAGUGGGGCGGAGCGAGCCCGGAUGGUCCGCUAUGGCGCGCCAACGUCGCCGCGUCGAACUGCUACGAAGGCGCUCAAUCGAGCGUCGGGUUACACUCGGACCAGCUCACGUAUCUAGGACCCUAUCCGACUAUCGCGUCCCUCUCGCUGGGGACGAGGCGCGUGUUCCGCUUGCGGGAGGUAAUACCGACGGACGAGAUCGGCACGCGCCAGGCGCGGACAUUCAACAUACCGUUACCGCACAACUCGUUGAUCAUCAUGCACGCCACGACGCAAGAAAAGUUCAAGCACGCUAUUCCGCCUCAGACUAGCAUCGACCUGUACCGCCCGUCGUUUCCCCACCCAGAUCGACCCGAGGUACCCAUCGAGCCCUCCAAUGCUCGGAUCAACAUCACCUUCCGUUUCUAUCGCCCGGACUUCGCGGCGCACCUCACGCCGCGCUGCAAGUGUGGGGUGCCGAUGAUCCUGCGGCCGGACAUGAAGCACCGGAUGGGUGACUGCCCGGACCGCUACUGGUGGGCGUGCUACGGUGGCUCCCAGAACGAGGGCAAGGGCUGCGGGACGUGGAAGAUCAUGGAUGCCGUGGCGGAAGGCCGAGGACCGUUCGCCAAAGACAAUCCCAAUCUGCACGGCUCGGAUACAAACCCGCAUGCUGUGCCGGAUGUCAACUAGGUUUUUGGGGCACAACUACGAUCGCGGAUCUAGCAUUCGAUGUGCUGUCGUUGGUCAUCACGAACAAAGUCACCCCUUUCGAGCAAGAGUAUGAGAUACACCAGGUGCGAGAUGCACUGGCUGACUGAUGACGCCCGAUCUCAAUGGUUCCGCUUCCGGGCGUUUCGAAAGCGAAUCAAUGCCUCGCUUUACUCUGAGACUACAAAUUAUGUAGCAUCUAGCCUGUAUCGCACACGUUGCUCUAGAUCUUCUUCGGUAGGUAGGUAUGUUUCCGGUACGAUCCGAUUAGUGGCCAAACCCAUGCGGCACCUGACAUCGCCGACAAGGUGCUAUUCAGCC